UUUUUUUGGUAGAUGAUGCAUGUUAUAUAUUACAAGGCUGCUAUCCGACAGCCAUAUUAAGUACCACAUACGACAUUGAUGAAUUGCCCAUUAUAUUCGACAAUGUAACUGUUUACUUUACUGGCUUUGUUCUGCGCUUUUAGUUCUUCCCAUUAUUUAAAUUCUUACGAAAUCUCGCCAGUUGAGACUUCCCCCUUUUAUUUAAGUUAAAUCAACUAACAUAAAACCCCAUAUCUGAUUGUUAGAGGACCAAUUGAUCAGAAUUACCCUCAACUUCAAUAAACUACGGAAAUAUGGCUGUGAAACGCGGCUAUACUAGGCCACUGAUGGUGGUUAUUCCAACCCUCCUGUCGCUGGUGGGAUUCGUGCUAGCAAUGAUAGCGCUCUUUGCUGGCUCCGGAUCGCAGCAACGAUCGAUGGAAAACUAUCACAUCAUUGCCAUUAACAUGUCCACUUUUGGUCAUGAUCUCGUACCAACUCCAAGUUCUUCCGGUUCCCAACCCACGGCCACCAACGACGAUGGGUUUGGUUGGGAUGACAUCCAAGAUGGACUCGACGACAUCGAAGGCCAAAUCACAGACGAGUUAAACGAUAUCGCAAAUGAUAUCGCCGACCAACUUUCCCGCGAACUGGGUAUUUCUCAGUGGUAUAGCAUACAUGUCAUGACUGCUUGCGAGGGCAACUUUGCGCCCAAUGCCACUUCACCGGGUGCUUGGUACAAUACGACGAACUGCACAGCACAGUCCGCAGGAGUCCAAUUCAAUCUCACCGACAUCCUCCAGAAGGAGAUCAGUGCUGGACCCCUGAACAUCAACGCAGCCGACAUCCCGAUCCCAGACUCGAUCCAGCAGACCAUCGACUAUAUCAACAAGUUCCUGUUAGCAACAUUCAUCCUCUACGUCCUUGGAGCCGGCUUCUCCGGCCUAUCUUUCAUAUCGUGCAUCAUCAUCCUGACGCUAAGACGCGAAGUCAUCGGGAGAGGAGCUAUCCUCGUCAACAUGGUGCUUACCGCACUAGCCGCCUUGUCGCUUGCGAUUGGCGCCGCGAUCGCGACGGCCAUCUCGAAGAAAGGAGCGUCUGAGAUCAACGACCGGGGCGGCGAGUACGGCAUCUCCGCCGUCGAGGGCACGAGGUUUAUGACCAUCUCCUGGGUGGCGUUCGCAGUCAUGUUCGUGACAUUAGCAUUCUGGACCGUCUCGUGCUGCAUGCCACGCAGGCAAUUUGGGCCGACAGCAUAUAGGGAAAAGGUACCUCGAACGAGCACGGAUAGCAACCGUGGCUUGUUGGGGAUAUUCCGGCGAAGGCACUAGGGAGAUAGGAUAUGAGAGAGCAAUUAAUGAGCAUGAGGGUCGCUAAGGAGUGAUUGGGAUGACGUUAUGAGCUUGGUUUUAAGAAAACAUCAUGAUUAGAUGACAGUCACGGCGCAUAUUCACUUAGACUUAUUAGAUACCACCACCACCA